CAGAAGCUCAUUGUACAGUGAGACAAUCAUUUCCUUAGAAUGAGAGUUGAUCAACCAUCAAAAAUAGUCUCAAGUUUUCUAUCUUGUUCCAAUUAGUGACCAUGUAGUCAUCCGGCUUCAAGGAAUGUUCUGACCCCCUGGAGUGAAUGCGUUACUGAGACAGAAAAAAACGUGUCUUAAACACAUUCGGAGUCAACUUCAGCCACGGCUGCCUUGUGUUUACUCACUUACCUAGGCUUUUAAGCAGAUUGACACAUCGUAUUUUAGUGCUUUCUUUGGUUCUGGUGGGUAGCCGACCUCCUAAGAACUCUAAAAUUUCUUUUUGAGAUGCAAGGCUUGAUUUAGGCCCUACACGUGUGGGAUGAGUUUAAUCCCAGGGAAUAACAAAGUUCGGCCGUUCAGGGGUUAUGUGGCUUUCAUUGCAUUCAUCCACGGACAACCAGAGCGUCUUAUAUUCGGCGUCGAUAGCUAUGGCAACGUAUGCGGCCAAAAUGAUAAUGAGAAGAUUUCAGGUGUACCUCUUUCCGGCAUUGACAUGAAGGACAAAAGCUAUCUUUUUUAUUUCGACGACACGGCGUUAACAGGCUCCACUGACAGCAAGAAAUUGUGUGUAACAGCCUGUCCAAACGAUACCAUUGGAACUGUGUCGGAGUUGCAGGCUUAUGCCGACGCCGGCCAAUCCUAUUGUUCUUACGAGGUGGAGAACUUCACCGAUAUCACAUUUGGUGACAUUGAAGAUUGUCCCAACCUACCAAUCUCUCCCAGUGAUGAAGUGCUCUAUCGAUGUUUACCUUCUGCCAUAAUUGGAACUGCGUCAAAAAUUGUGAAUGUGGAUUGGUUCAAGAAAUCUUUAUCAGAUAUUAAAACCUCUUGGAAGGAGAUUUGUUAUCUGUGUGCCAUUUCGAUCGGUCUUGCGAUCGUAAUGAUAGUAAUUCUGCGAUUCUUUGCGGGCGUUGUGAUCUGGUUCAUGGUGGUAUUUUUUAUCAUGGGAAGUAUCGGCGGCAGCGGGUAUCUCUGGUACCAAUGGUAUUUACGCAAGAGAGAUCUAGAUGAGAUUCCUGUCGAAGAGCAACUUGAUUCAGAUAAGAAGAAUGUGAAGACAAUGCUUAUCUACGCCAGUGUCGUCUCAGGAGUUACGGUUAUUUUGCUGUUAAUCCUGUUCGUUAUGCGCAAGCGCAUUGCUCUUGUGGUUGCGCUGUUUAAGGAAUCAGGAAAGGCGAUUGGUGCCAUACCGUUACUUCUUCUUCAGCCAUUUUGGACAUUCUUGGCGUUAGCUGUUCUUGCAGCUUACUGGAUAGUUGUAUUCCUGUAUUUAACAACAUCGGGAGAACCAGUUGCCAUGGACGACGGAAGAGUGGAAUAUCAAAAGGAAAAACUUACUGAGUAUAUGUGGUGGUACCAUUUGUUCGGACUGUUUUGGGGUUCCCAGUUCCUCAUAGCCUGUCAACAAUUUGUGAUUGCCAGUGCGAUUUCAAUCUGGUUCUUCACAAGAGAUAAAUCAACACUGGGCUGGCCUAUCCUCCGUUCAGUUGGCCGCAUUGUCCGCUAUAUGUCAAUACGUGGAUAUAGCUUUUGCAAAGCAGCCCAGGAGGCUUUCGCUGUUUUGAUUUCAAAUGCUCUGCGUGUGGCUGCCAUCAAUUCAGUCGGUGACUUCUUACUUUUCCUCGGAAAAAGCGCCGUUGCAGCUUCUGUGGUUGUCAUCGGAUUGGAGUUCUUGAAGGAUGAUCCAGAUAUCAAUUACUAUGCUGUGCCAAUUGCCCUUGCUGCCAUAUUUGCCUUCCUUAUUAGCCACAUUUUCAUGACAGUUUAUGAGAUGGCGAUCGAUACCUUGUUUUUGUGUUUUUGUGAAGAUUGUAAAGCUAACGACGGAAUUCAAAAACCAUAUUUUAUGAGCAAAGAUCUUAUGAAAUUUGUUGAAAAUGCUGCAAAGGCACAGGCUGCCUUGGAGAAGCGUGAACGUGCGGUGAUGACGUAAUUACUACGUGAUUAUGUUGUGUACACUUUUUUACACCAAGACUUUUCAAAACUAAUUCAAUGACGUUAUAUAUUUAAUUGCCGUUUAAAUUUUUGAUUUUACAUUUGACUUUUGGGUACCUUUAAUCAAAUAUGCUGACAGUGUAAAUAAUGCAAACAGACAAGCUGACACUGUAAAUAUAAUAAUGUCAGCGUCACUUCUUUGAAAAUCAUGAAAGAAUAAAAAUUAAGAGAGAGGUACAAUAGACCAUUUAACGUAUGUUUGUCCUGUCGUGAGCGAUACUUGGAUGGGGUAUGGGGGAGGGAAUCCGACAUAAAGCUGCCAUACAUUUGCGUAACAGCUAUAGUAAGCUCUCUCUGACUAUAGCCCAGGGUAUUCAUCAGCAUUUUUUUAUUUUGCUCUCUAACUCGGCAGAGAUGUGGGCAAAAAAAAAACCCAAAACACUAAAAUAUGUAACGUGUCCGCCCUUAAAACGUCAAACAAAUAUUAUAGGAACAGCUUGAACGUAUCUUUGAGUUGAAAGAAUGAUUUUUUUUUUAUAUGUUUACACUUCGUUAUACUUUGUAAGUAUACCAUAUAUCAACAAGUAUAUGCAAUGUUAACAUCUGAACAGAAAUGUUAGAGAUCGGCACUUCGAUGUCAAAAAUAAGAGUAUUUUUUUUGUCUACCCUGCAUGGCGCUACACCUAGGCUAUACUGGUACGCCAGUGGAAAACAAUGGACAGGCGACAAUAACAAUGCAGCGACCUGUAUGCUCGCAUACCUUCUUAGAACUGGCAAAUACCAUUGGGCUAAGAAUCACCGUAAGCCAAAAUUUAUUUCAGCUCCGUUCGCUUAUAACAGUAAUCACACGGUAUGUUUUAGAUUGGAAUUGCAGAUCGCGGGGACACUUAAAUCCUGGUCCUAGGCCCGGGAUUUAUCAAUCUCAGCUUAGCAAAUUUCUUAAGUCAAAAAAGUUAAGAUGUCCCUAAUAAUUAUCUUAAGCUGAUUUAUUAAACCAUCUUAUCAAAAUCUUGGCUUAAAAAUUGUCUUAGAUGGCGCUUCCGUACAAUUGACUUCCUAAUUUUAAGCAAUGUUUAAGCUAAGUAAUAUUGAUAAAUUUAACUUAAGCAAAAAAAUGGACUUAAGACGAAUUCAAGCUGAUUUUUAGUUUGAUAAAUCUGGGCCCAGGUGCUCCCCAAAUGCAACUGAAAAUGAUAGAAACAUCGAGAAUCAAAAUCAAAAUAAUCUGAACACAGCCAUAUUUAACUCACGUAGUAUUGUAAACAUAAUCAACGAGCUUUCAGGUACGAAUAGAAAAUUAGAUUGAUAUGUACUGCUUACGGAAACUUGGUUAGACCCACCAAUAGUUAGUUAUGAAUUUUUUUCAUCUGACUUCUGUGUUUAUCGGAAAGAUGAACCAGGCAUGGUGGUGGAUUAUUAAUUGCUUGCAAGAACACUAUCAAGAUGUUACCUGUAUCUAUCGAUACCGAUAUAGAAAUUCAACUUUUUGAGCUUGUUUACCUGGGGGAAAGAUUCUGCUUGUUUGUGUCUACAUGAUACCUCCAAGUGCAAAGACGGAAUGGCUGACUCAGUUUCAAAAUAUCGCUGAUUAUAUACCUUUGAACAUACACAAGUACACUGCUGUUAUCCUCACUUGGAAUUUAAAUUAUGAUUUUACCUCAAACUGUUACAAUAAGGAGUUUGAAAACAUACUAUCAUUUCUCAAUAUGGUACAAUAUGUUAAUUUUCCUACAAGAUACUCAAAUAAUAGUUCCAGCACUAUUAUGAUCUUGUAAUAAUAAUAAUGAUAUAAUAAUAAUAAUAAUAAUAAUAAUAAUAAUAAUAAUAAUAAUAAUAAUGUUAAUAAUAAUAAUAUCAUGUGUAACAUCACGAGGGAACCAGGGUUAAAUACAAGUGAUCAUAUAUGUAUUUACUAUGAUAUUGUUAAUAUGGCUGGUGUAUUCUAAACCGGUUAACAGGCAGUUUUCGCCGUACGACGGUAUCCAUGACUUCAUAAUUUAUUCAUCUUGCGUUGCGGAGUACGUUAAUUUCAGGAUUUUACGUGCUCGAUACGUUAGUUACGGGUUUGCGCAUGCGGAGCUAUCGCGUCGAAUGUUGGUUACUAACAUUAAAGUUAAGGUUAACGUCGUGCAGCGAAAACUACCUAAUAUAUAUUAUUACAUAUAAAAAAAUGUUGAUCGUAACCAUCUCUUUAGAACACUCAAGUUAGUGCCAUUGGACAUGUGCAUUUCAUAGCCUGACUUUGAUUGCUCUCAGGCAUGUUUUAAAGAUCUAUUUUUAGCAGCACCGGUAUCAAUGACUGUGUUCCUAAGAUCGAGGAAUGUUUCCAUUUGUAUUAAAUCUGAAAUCAUAAAAAUGUCUCGGAAAAAGAGACAUUUUGUAUUGGGAUGCAAAACAUCCACAAAAUGUAUUAAAGUGGGAAAGUAUAAACAAUUUAACAACACUUUACGGGAAACUACUCGAAAGACUCAUUUCGAUUACAUGCACUGUAUGGGCACCACACUAAAAACAACUUUAAAAUAAACCAUUUCCGUCUUAGAAUUACUAAAUUUUGUGUUAGGGAGAUUUUUAACGACUUGAACAACUUAAUUUAGCAACUAUUCUUAAGUGUAUUAUGGAUAAAUUGAUAUUAAUGUACAUAAUCUUAUUGAUUUUAAAUCCAGAUAUUUCGAAACGUAAUUUUAAAACACAAAUUUGCAAGAACCAAUUACUCAUUUAAAUAUUCAUUGUUUAUAAAUUUUCCUCGUCUUUGGGAAUCUCUACCUAUAAGAGGACAAUCAAUGUACAGUUUUAAAAUUUUGUCGUUGGCUCUUCGUUCCUAUAUUCAGCAGCUUUAAUGUAUAAUGUUAUUUUAUUUUGUUGGCGAUUUUAAAAUAUCUAAUUGUAUUUGUUUAUUACUGUAUUUUAUGAUAAAAUUUUAGCAUUUCAUUUUUAUAUCGAAUUUUGAGAUUAUUUUAAUGUUUAGUAGCCUAUACGUAAGGAUGCAAUAUGAGAGCCGCUCUGAUUGUGCUUAUACACUUAUGGUAAUCCUCAGGGUACUGCAUUCUCAUUGUUAUGUUUUUGUUGUAUUGUCCCCUGGAAAUAAAAUAAAAUAUAUAAAACAAAUAAAAUAAAAUCGCUGAAGCGAGGGCUUGCCCCGUGCCUGGACCUAUGGAGCUCUUUAUUUAAACCCAGCGCCUACGAAUACAGAGGCCCCAGGCUACUCCCAGCUUCUUUGCCAAUGAUACAAUAUAUAACUUUGAAACAAAUUAUUACUAAUUUUUAAAUUUGAACAUGGCUAGAAUAAAAGCAUAGGCCUAAUUAACUUUCACUAUUUUUUAAAAAUCUAUUUUAUUUGGUUUUUAAUUUCAAACAUAUUUAUACAUGAUACAAUUUAACUGAUUAUCUUAAAAUUCGAAAAUCAGUUUGCAAUUAAUACAAAAUACACUUUGUUCAAUCAAUUUAAAUACACAAGAUUGCAAAAGAGAAUGAAUAAGGACUAAAUCGAAUAUCAAUCCUAACCUUUUAAUUGAACCUUAAAAAAAAACUACUCAUCCGGUCUGAUUCUCUGACUGACCUUUGCACUGCUGUCUGCCAUAUAACUGUACAGAUAAACUUGUUCAUUUCUUUUUUUGACCUCAAGCGUGUCGCCUUGUGUUGUGCUGUGUUUAGGGGAAUUUAAUUUUCCAUUUUGUUUUUAAAACGUAUUUUAUUAACCAGUUUUAAUUUUGUUUUGUACAGUAUUAUAGGCCUAUAAGGCCUCGAAUUGUAACGUGUAUGUCUAGUGUUUGCAAUAAACUGAAUACAGUUACAAAAA